GUGAAAACCAUGUGCUCUCAAAAACGAUAAAUAAUGAUUAUUCAGAUUAGAUAAUUUUUACGGAACAGGUGCUGUUUACUAGUUCGUAAGUAGACGAAACGUGUUGCAGAUAUUUACGUGUCUUAGUAACAUUAUCAAUAGAAUUUUGAUAAAAUUAUGAAUAGUAGUUUCUAAAGUGUAUUUCUUUCAGCGCCGUUUGUACAUCAAACAUUAUUAAAAUAAUGAUUUUACGCGUGUGUUUUGUGGCUUUAGCCAUAUUGGCUACUAGUGUAAAUUCUGCUCGAAUUUUAGCAAUAUAUCCUGUUGCAUCAGUAAGUCAUCAAGUAGUUUUUCGCGCUUUGACAUUAGAACUGGCAAAAAGGGGGCAUGAGCUUGUUGUUUUCACUCCAAACCCAGCGCUUCCUAAAGACCGGCCAAAGGACAAUGUCACUGAAAUUGAUAUGAGCGAAUCUUACCAGUUAUUUUUUAAAUUAUUUAUGCAUGCAUUCGAGCCAGUCAGAGGAGUUAUAUUCCCUGCUAAACAGAUGUCGGAAUAUGAAUCGCUCAAAAUGAUGAUUGCGUUCGUCGAAGAAGUAUAUAAGAUGGAAGAAUUCAAAAAGAUUAUAAGUGACAAGACUCAGAAGUUUGAUCUGAUUAUGGCCGAGGCACUUUUUGUGUCUCCGUUGAUGCUUUCCAAAAUCUUCGAUGCCCCUACUAUUUGGUUCAGUAGCUUCUAUGGUAGUCCCAAUGCUUACGAAACUGUUGGUGCCCCAGGACACCCUAUGUUGUAUCCAAACUAUUUCAGAGGAAAAUUUGUUAAUCUCUCACUAUGGGAUAAAAUUUACGAAACAUACCUAGAAUUUCAAUUCUGGUACAACACUCGCCGGGUGUUGUCCUAUGAAGAAUCACUUGUAAAGAAAUAUUUCGGUGAAGAAGCGCCAAGUAUUGAUGAAUUGAAAAACAAUGUGGAUCUGUUGUUUGUGAAUGCAAAUCCUAUUUUUGAGGGAAAUCGACCAGUUCCUCCUAAUGUGAUUUAUCUAGGAGCUCUUCAUAUGCAGCCCUUAAAAGAACUACCAAGUGACUUAAAAACCUUUUUAGACAAUUCAAAGCGAGGUGUUGUUUAUGUGAGUUUGGGAACUAAUGUGCGUUUUGAAACCAUGGAACCAUCUUUGAUUGAUGUGUUUGUUAAGGCUUUCGAGGCCAUGCCAUACGAUAUUUUGUGGAAAUUCGACGGUCAAAACAUUCCGAAUGCACCCAAAAACGUUAAAAUACAAAAAUGGUUUCCGCAAAGAGAUUUACUGACGCAUCCAAACAUUAAAGCGUUUGUGACGCAGGGGGGCCUGCAAUCAACAGACGAAGCUAUAGAAGCAGGAGUGCCAUUCGUUGGUCUUCCAGCCCUAGGGGAUCAGUACUUCAACACAGACCAGUAUGUCAGACUUGGUAUCGGUAUCAGACUAAACUUUGAGACCUUGAAACCCGAGGAACUGGUCAAUGGCGUCAACACGGUUGUCAACGAUAAGAGCUACCGUGAAAACGUAAAGAAGCUAGGAGUCUUGAUGCGGGAUCAGCCACAGACACCACUGGAAAGGGCAGUGUGGUGGACAGAAUACGUGCUGAGGAAUAAAGGAGCCAAACACUUGAGGUCACCAGCGGCCAAUAUAUCCUGGUCUGAAUACCUCAUGCUGGAUGUGGUAGCCGCCUUGGCUACCGCAGUUCUGCUAUUUUUGGCAGCAGUGGGAAUAGUUUGGCGGACUGUUAGCAAGAUUUUUCGUAAAAAUGUUAAGGUGAAUAAGAAUAAAAAAGAGUAAAUCGUGAA